AUGAUGGCUGAAAAAUUAGUAACAGGCCCUUUAUCUCAUGAAAUUCUUCUUGAAGAAAUCGAGCCGCCUGUACUUACACACCAAGUGUCAAGCUAUGAAAAUUUAAUACAACAACUUAGCAGCAUGGGCUUUGACAGUCAGCGAAUAGAAGCAGCAGUCACCUAUACAGGAGCUCAAAAUAUCGAAGAUAUCUGACCUUGCCUAAUUAAGGGGGAAAGAGGCUGGGAGCAUGAUUUUAUACGUAAAAACUAACAUAGCGAAAGAUCCUCUUACAGAUCUUUGUGAAAUUUGCAAUGAAAAAAAAAUCGAGCAUAUUUCACAUCAAGAAGAAAUCAUUUCUGAUGUGCAAGUGAAAAUGGAAGAAGUAAAAGAAAGGCAUGAGCUUUUUGCAACACAUUGGUCAAGGAAUUAUCAUGAAGUCUCUGGAGAAGUUUGUGGAAUUUGCUUCGAAAGAAUAAGAAAUGAAUGGAAACACCCGGAAUGUGAACUGCACAUUUUUUGUGAAGACUGCAUCAAAAUGUACCUAAAAACCAAAAUAAAUGAUUCACAAGUCCUAAAAAUCCUAUGUCCAGGUGAAAACUGUAAAAACUUGUUCACCGAUGAAAUGAUACAAGCAAUAACAGAUCCUGACCUUUUUGAAAAAUAUAAAAAAUUUAAAUGGAGAGCUGAGCUUUUGCUCGAUCCUCAGAUAAAAUGAUGCCCAACCCCUAACUGUGAUGGCUUUAUGAAAGGCUCUUCCAAAAAACCUCGUUUAAUCUGCCCAAUCUGCAGCUAUGAACUUUGCUUUAAAUGCGGCAAUGCCUGGCACGGCAAAAAGACCUGUGAAGAAAUUGUAGACGAAGGCUACGAAACCUGGGCAAAGGGGAAAGAAAUUCAGCUAUGUCCUAAAUGCAAGCACAGAAUAGAAAAAAUUGAAGGCUGCAACCACAUGUCGUGCUCUAUUUGUAGCUACCAAUGAUGCUGGCUAUGCCGAGGGGCAUAUUCUGCUUAUCAUUUUCGGUCUAUGAAUCCUUUUGGCUGCCCAAAUUUGCAAGCUGGUUCUAAUACUCGUGAAGACUGGCCGCUAUGGAAAAUUUAUUUAAAUCGUGCAAAAAAUCUGGGAAUAUGGAUCCUUAUUAUUAUAUUUUUCCCUUUAAUUUUGCUAUUACUUCCAGCUGCUGAGGCUACAAGAUCACAGAAUAGAAACCUUAGAGAUAGAGGGGUUUCUUUAUGCUGCAGGAUUUUUAUUUUAUUUUUCCUAUUUAUAGGUGUAGUUUUAAUCACUCCACUUGGGGUUGCUUUGGCUAUUCCUGUGCUGCUGGUAUAUGGAAUAUAUAUUGGAAUUAGAGCUAUAUGGAGGAAAUUAAAGAGCCGCUAA